AUGGCGGACGCUCUGUCGAUCGAGCAAAACAACAAAAUCCGAAUCGCCCUCGGUCUCAAGCCGCUCCCCGUCCCUGGAGCAGAAGCGCCCUCCGGACCCGUAUUCAAAGAAGCCAAAGACUCUGCCGAAGAAGAUGAGCCCGGUAGUACGCUAGAGUCCCGCGAGGCUCAAGGAUACCAAAAUUGGCAAAAACUACAAGAUGAAGCCGACGCAAGGCGCAAAAGACAAGAGAAAAAUGCCGCCAUCAAAAGAGCACGCGAUCUGGCGCAGCGAGAUGCGAAACUAGAAGGAAGGGGUUUAGGUGAUGCGAGCGCUGAAUUAGAUACAAAGGCUUGGUUGUCGCAGCAUAAGAAGAUGACCAAAAAGAUUGAGAAAGAGAGGGCCCGGAAGCUCGCAGAGGAGCUUGCUGAACGAGAUCGCGCCGCUGAAUAUACCGCUGCAGACCUUGCAGGUAUCAAGGUUGCGCAUGAAAUGGGCGCUUUUGAGGAUGCCGAAGACGGACAGAUCUUAACACUGAAGGAUGCUACGAUUGAUGAAAAUGAAGAGGAGGGAGACGAGCUAGAAAACUUGGAAAUGGUUGAUAAAGAAAAGUUGAAAGAAAAACUCGAGCUGAAGAAGAAACGAACUGCCUACGACCCUAUGCAAGCAGAUGGUACUGCUGGCAUACUGUCUCAAUACGAUGAAGAGAUUGAUGGCAAAAAGCGAAAGCAUUUCACACUUGAUGCCAAGGGUUCUACAAAUGAAGAACGAGAGGCUAAGCGACAGCAUGUUUCUGAUCUGCUUAACAAACAGGUAUUUAAUCUUGAUAUCAUACCUGAUGCUCCCGUGUCGGACUACAUGGACAUUAGCGAGGUCAAGAUAAAAAAGCCGAAGAAGAAGAAAGCCAAGGCUACGAGGCAAAAAGCAAUCGACGAGGACGACAUCUUUCCUCUUCCAGACGCUAAUGGGGCCAACAAUGGUGAAAAUAUGGAGGAAGAUUCAGCACAGACAAUUACAAAUGUCGCGCCACGAAAGAAAACAUACGACACUUCAUUCGUCGAUGACGAAGAUUUGCAAGCUUCCCUUGCGAUACAGAGACGGGCCGCGUUCAAGAAGCGCAAACAACUUCGCCCAGAAGAUCUCGCACGCCAAUUACGGGAAGAAAGUUCUCAAACGCCAAUGAAAGUGGAUGAUGGAGACGGAGCAGAGGAACCUGGCUUGGUUAUUGAUGAAACGUCGGAGUUUGUGUCUAAUUUACAACGACCGGUGAUAUCCGAGCGCCCUUCCAGACGAGCAACCACCCCACCUGAAGAAAAGGAUGAGGAAGAAGGGUCACCGGAGGCAGGUUUGGCAGAUGUGGAUAUGGAAGGUGCUGAAAUCAAGGAAGAAGGCGAACUUGAGGCAGCCGAGGCUGGAACUGCAAAGAUCAGUGGUACUGGCCUGGAUGAAGAAUCAACGCUCGACGAGGGUCUGGGAAGUACUCUCGCCAUGCUACGUCAGCGUGGUCUAGUUCAGCAGUCCGACGCCGCAGACAUGAACUCAUUACAUCGUGAUCGCCAGAAGUUCCUUCAAGAAAAAUAUAAGCGAGAAGCCGAGGCCGAGAAACGUGCGCGAGCACAGCGUGAGCGAGACCGUGCCACCGGUAAGCUGGAUCGGAUGUCCGCCCGCGAGCGUGAAGAAUAUGCUCGAUGGGAGAAUAAGCAACGAGACCAGCAAGAAUCACGACAGAUUGCUGAUGUUUUCAACCGCGAAUACAAGCCCGACGUUCAGCUCAAAUACGUGGACGAGCAUGGUCGACUUAUGAACCAAAAGGAAGCCUUUAAGCAUUUGAGCCACCAGUUCCAUGGUAAAGGCAGCGGCAAGAUGAAGACGGAGAAGCAUCUCAAGAAGAUUGAAGAAGAGAAGAAGCGAGAGGCUAUGAGUGCGCUUGAGAGCAGUCAGCAUACUGGGAUGAACAGCGCGAUGGGAGCCACGGCCAAGAAGAAUCGGCAAGCGGGAGUGCGUCUUGCUUAA